AUGCGAAAGACCGCAUCCAGAGNACCAGGACGUCGAUCUGAUCAGUUAAAUGGACCAACAGAUGUGAUCGUUCAUAAUGACAAUGUCAUUGUUAGUGAUUCGAAAAAUGAACAAAUCGUUCGAUGGUCUCGUCAAAAUAGUAAAAGCGGAGAGACGAUACUAUCGGAAUUAGCAUGUCAGCGUCUAACGAUGGAUUGUCAAGGAUUUGUCUAUGUUUCUAAUAGCGAGCUACAUGAAGUUCGACGAUAUCGUGCAGGUGAUACAAUUGGAACGAUCGUAGCCGGCGGCAAUGGACCAGGAAACGAUCUCGAUCAGCUCAGCUGGCCAACAUUUGUUUUCGUCGAUGAAGAUCAAUCUGUAUACGUAUCCGAUAAUGGAAAUCAUCGUGUCAUGAUGUGGGAAAAGAACGCCAAAGAAGGAGUUCUUGUUGCUGGUGGUCGAGGUCAAGGUGAUAAACUGACACAACUAUCGCAUCCUGAUGGAUUAAUAGUUGAUGCAUUAGGAACAAUCUACUUGGCUGAUAAUGCUAAUCAUCGUGUGAUGCGCUUCUGCAAAGGAAUGGCACAAGGAACUAUUAUUGCUGGCGGAUAUGGUGAAGGAAAUGACGCGAAUCAAUUACAGAAUCCUCAAGGUUUAGCAUUCGAUGUAGAUGGAAAUCUUUACGUAGCCGAUUGGGGAAAUCAUCGAAUACAAAGAUUCAACAUCGACCAAAGCGAUGAGUCGUCAGGAAACAUUAAUCAUACACUUUGUCUUUCUUUGUUGAAUUAA